GUAUAAUUAUUGAAAGGCAUCCGGCAGUAAAAAUCUUUAUUUGUGCUACUGGAAAUCCUAAAAGCACACCCCCUUAAACUAUCUCUGUUUAUUUCUUCACUCCCUUUUUUCUUCUUCAAGGGCAAUGGACAGUGGAGGACACUACAACCCCCGCACCGUCGAAGAGGUUUUCCGGGACUUCAAGGGCCGCCGGGCUGGCAUGAUCAAAGCCCUCACCACUGAUGUUGAGGAAUUUUACCAGCAGUGUGAUCCUGAAAAGGAGAAUUUAUGUCUGUAUGGAUUCCCCACUGAACAAUGGGAAGUAAAUUUGCCUGCUGAAGAAGUUCCCCCAGAACUUCCCGAGCCAGCACUGGGCAUAAAUUUUGCUAGGGAUGGGAUGCAAGAAAAGGACUGGCUAUCUUUAGUUGCUGUACACAGUGAUGCAUGGCUACAAUCAGUGGCUUUCUACUUUGGGGCAAGAUUUGGUUUUGAUAAAGCUGACAGAAAGCGCCUGUUCACUAUGAUUAAUGAUUUGCCUACAAUAUUUGAGGUUGUAACUGGAUCUGCAAAGAAACAGACAAAGGAGAAGUCAUCAGAGAACAAUGGCAACAAAUCAAAGUCCAGUUCAAAAGGGCGAGGAUCUGAACCCCCAAAGUAUUCAAAGCAAGUGAAGGAUGAGGAGGAGGGAUUGGACGAAGAAGACGAUGACGAGCAUGGGGAGACCUUGUGUGGAGCAUGUGGGGAGAACUAUGCAUCUGAUGAGUUCUGGAUUUGUUGCGACAUAUGUGAGAAGUGGUUUCAUGGCAAGUGUGUGAAGAUCACUCCUGCCCGGGCUGAGCACAUCAAACACUACAAGUGCCCCUCAUGCAGCAAUAAGAGACCAAGGCCUUGAUAUCAUAGGGAUGUGGGGUUAGUUAUCACGGCCCUGUAAAUCAUGCUGGACUGCUAACUAGUUAGUGGCUUAGGCAUUCUGUAUUGUGCCAUGUUGGUGCAUCGUAGGUAUUCACUAGUUUGGUCUUGUCAACUUCUUAAUGUGGAUAGAAUUAUUUAAUAUUUGAUGGUUUCUGAUUCUGAACGUCUCUAACAUUUGUCCUGCAUUGGGAUAUUUAUGUUCUUAGUACCUGAUAACAUAUUCGUGCAGCAGGCUUCAUUUGUGCUUGGUAUAUAUUCUCAAUUCUCAA